UUAUAUUACUUUUACCGACUACGCUACGGUACACGACCGACGACGUCAUUUUUCUGUUGAUUGUGCGACUAGAUGUUAUUUUUCCUGUUUACAACACGAAUACGAUUGCGAACGACGUCCGACAGGUAGACAGACUUAGCAAGAAAAGCGCCGUGGACGGUUCGCCGUUGGAUUUGGUUAAAAGAAGUUGAAAUAAACUUAAAAUCAUUUUUUUUUUUUUUAUAGUGAUCAAAGAUUUAUUUGAUAAAUUUAAAAAAAAAAGACAUUAUUUUCAUAAGUGAAAUAAUUUUCUAUAAUUUAACUAACAUUUUUAUUAAGACAGCAAGUGAAUACUUCAUGGUAUUUUUACUAAAUGUUUGUUAUUUUUUUUAUUCAUUGUAAAUAGUUAAGUCAUAAGUAAACACGUUUUAGUGUUGAUAAGUGAUUAUCAAUUUUAUAUCUAACUAUACAUAAAAAAAAAUCUAAGAGUUGUUUUUCGUUCGUUUCAUUGGUUCCUUUGAACCUUGAAUAAGUAUAGAUGCUCGCUACAAACCAUAAUAAUUCUGGGAUUAGCAACCUCAAUAUGCCCAGUAAACAAGUGAAUAGAAUAAGUUUUGAAGGUAUAGAUGAUGCAGGUUGGAAGGCAAAGCUCAAACUUCCACCACCAGAUAAACGAAUUAGAACUAGCGAUGUCACUUCCACCAAAGGAAAUGAUUUUGAAGAGUUCUGUUUAAAACGAGAACUAUUAAUGGGUAUAUUUGAAAAAGGUUGGGAAAAGCCAAGUCCUAUUCAAGAAGCAAGUAUACCAAUUGCUCUCUCUGGAAAAGAUAUAUUGGCAAGAGCCAAAAACGGUACAGGAAAAACUGGAGCUUACUCUAUUCCUGUUCUCGAACAAGUAGAUCCCAAAAAAGAUGUUAUUCAAGCUCUUGUUAUUGUGCCAACCAGAGAAUUAGCUUUACAAACUAGUCAAAUAUGUAUUGAACUCGCAAAGCAUUUGGAUAUAAGGGUGAUGGUGACCACUGGUGGUACAAAUUUAAAAGACGACAUUCUACGUAUUUACCAAAGAGUGCAUGUGAUCAUUGCAACUCCUGGGAGGAUAUUAGAUCUCCUUGACAAAAGCAUAGCUAAAGUUGAUCAAUGUCGGAUUCUAGUUUUAGAUGAGGCUGACAAACUUUUGUCUCAAGAUUUCAAGGGUAUGUUGGAUCAUAUAAUUUCAAGGUUACCUCCAGAGAGACAAAUUCUUCUUUACUCUGCUACAUUCCCUUUGACUGUUAAACAGUUCAUGGAUAAACAUUUACGAAGUCCAUAUGAAAUAAACUUAAUGGAAGAGUUAACCUUAAAGGGUGUUACCCAAUAUUACGCAUUUGUACAAGAAAAACAAAAAGUUCAUUGUUUAAAUACUUUAUUCUCAAAGUUGCAAAUUAACCAAAGUAUAAUCUUCUGCAACUCGACUCAACGUGUAGAAUUACUUGCUAAGAAAAUAACUGAUCUCGGCUAUUGUUGUUAUUAUAUUCAUGCGAAAAUGGCUCAAGCUCAUCGUAAUCGAGUGUUCCAUGAUUUCAGAAAAGGGUCAUGCCGAAAUCUUGUUUGUUCUGAUCUCUUUACUAGAGGUAUUGAUGUGCAAGCUGUUAAUGUUGUCAUAAACUUUGAUUUCCCCAAGAUGGCUGAAACAUAUCUACAUCGUAUUGGUAGAUCAGGUCGAUUCGGACAUCUUGGAAUAGCUAUCAAUCUUAUCACAUAUGAUGAUCGAUUUGCCCUUCACCGUAUUGAACAAGAAUUGGGCACAGAGAUCAAACCUAUACCUAAGGUAAUUGAUCCAAAACUGUAUGUUGCUCGACCAGAUGAUCAGGAGAUCAGUGAGGAAAUGGACCUUAGUAAAUAAAAAAUCUUCUAUCCUGCCUAUUGUAUAUAAUUGUAACUAUUAAAAUCAACCCUAUAUACUUAACUGUAUAAGACUAAAACUCCCCAAGAUUAAAACUUUAUUUUUCAAUCACUAUAAAGAAAAAUUUGAUUUAAAAAAUUUGUAUUUUACAUUACAUUUUUAUUUUUUAUUUCUUAAACAACAAUUACAAAUUCUCCUUUUCUUUUUCCCCCUUUUUUAAAAAAUUCGAAUUGAAAAUAAAGAACGUUUAUAGCAUUCGUAGUAUGGGUACAAAGUUCUUGGAUCAAGCCUUUCUGCGAGUGGCACAUGUCUUUUCCUCAUUGGUAUAGUAUAAUAUGUAUAUAAUUAUUUAAACAAAAACAAAUCCCUUUUUAUAAGAUAUAAACUGUAUAUAAGAUAUAUUAUUUAUUAUGUUUUAAAAUAAAAUAAAAAAUGAGUGAAAGCUGUAAAUAACAGCUCAAAGAUCUCCUAUUACAUGUGCUACUAUAACAAAUUGAUCCAAAUUGUGAAUUGAGGAUACGGCGUCCUCAGUUGCAGUAUCAACGAUCAAAGAGAGCCGGAACCCGUCCAAAUUUCAUUCUCGUUUGUUGGUUUGUGAAGACAUUCAUCUCAGCCCGUUUGUCUUUUCGCCAUAUAAAUUUUUAUUCUUCUUUGAUAUUUCUUUAACAUGUGGACGGAUUUCAUUAUACAUUUUUUAUAAUAUAUUUUUUUUUUUUUCAAAUUGUUUUUUGACUCAUUAACUUAAAAAUAUUAAUUAUUAAUAUGAUUUGACUUGGGAGGUCAGGGCUGAAAGUCAAAUUAUAUUUGGGGGGAAAUAUAAAUAGUAAAUAAUUUUUGUUUAAAAUAAAAUUUAAAAAAGUACCAAAUUUGUUUUUAAAUCUAAACAAAUUAUAAUUGUUUUCCAAUUUGACACAAUACUUAAUUAAUUAUACAAAAUUUGGUACACUUUUACUUUUUUCUUCAAAAAUUAACAGCGACUUUGCUUCUACAUCUCUGGAAUUAGCAUUGGCUCAAAAAAAAAAAAUUAAAAAAAAACAGGUUGAAAGUUAAUUUUUCAUGCAAAAUGGAACACAUAAGGCUGUUAGUUCUCAUAAAUUGUUUGUUAUAUUUGUGUACUACAGAUUUAUCGUAGUAGAAUUAAAAAAUCGAUAGAAAAGCUAAAGUAUAUAAUAUAUAAUUAUAAAUAUUUUGUUUUGUCUCUUAUCUAAAUCUUAGUAAAUAAAUUAUUUGUGUUAAUUACCAUCCUGUUACCCUUUUAAUUAAUGUAUGACACGUUAUUUUAUUACUUCUACAUGUAUUUAUUAAAGUUCACCAUGUAUCCCCUAAUGUCAUAGUAUCAAAGCUGAAAGUUUUAUGUAAACUUAGUUGGAAAAAAAUUGUUUAACUGUGUCACAUCUAAAUUAAUAAACUUAACUUUCAACCAUU